AUGGCUAUGAUCGAUAUUGGAGGAUUUUGUAGAGUAAGUUCUUUAUUUUUGUAAUAAUUUCUAGACAUCUGAAAUAAUUUUCAGCGAAGGAAAUUCUUCAUAGUUCUUUUUGCUGCUUCAAUUUUGGUUUAUCUGUUGCUUUUCACACUUGGAGAUGAAGCUUCAAAAUCUGAGAAAAUUAGAGAAAAUUCUGAGGAACAGAUAAAAAUUCCACAAACCCACACAUUCAUCCAUAAUGUAUACUACUAUCCAAAAUCCACAUCGUGAGUUUUUCAAAAAAAAAAAUUAGUUCCUUUUAACCCCAGGGAAUUUUUCAGUUUGGGAGAAAAUGCGUUGGCUUUUGUGAUGGCGAUGGAUAAACGGGCGGCUCCGGAUAUCACAAAACAUCGGAUUUCAGUGAUUGGCACAGAUUCGCAGGGAAAUGAGAGGAAGACUAAUAUGACUCUCACUGUGUAAGUAAAAAAUAACUGGACUUAUGUACGUUAUAUAAUUUUUUUACAGCGAGGCCGUUGAAAACGCGAGAUGUGAUUAUCAAAUGACACUUGGCCAGACUAACACAAUCAAUGAUUUGAGAAUUUUGGAAAUUGAAUCGGAUGAAAAUGGCUCAAGAGUUCAGAUCCCUUUCAAACUUCCCAAAAAACACGCGCCAAGCCCGGUGAUUUUUUGUAUUUCUCCGCAAUUCGUAGCCGAGCAGUGGCAAGCAUUUUUGGCCCAGGUUCAUGUGUCGAAAAGGUUUUUUUCACUUUCAAUCGGAACUUUUUCAAAAAAUAGUUUUCUUCUCCAGAUUUGGAGCUCAUCUUCACAUCUACAUUGUCAGCAUUCUUGAUUCGUACUACAAUCUUCUGAAACAAUAUGAAAAACGUGGAUACAUCACAAUCGAUCAGUGGCUGAACAUUAAAUUCGCGCAUACAUCUGGCGAUUAUUUGGAGCCGAAUCGAAAUGUGGAAUUGAGAAAUCAAGCAGCUGCGCAGACGGAUUGUCUUCUUCAAUACAAACAAUCUGCUCACUAUAUCGCAUUUUUGGACAUGGAUGAUUUGAUAAUGCCGUCACGGGCUGGAAAUUAUUAUGAAGAAUUUGUGCGAGAAUUCCAAGGAAACCCACUGAUCAGUGCAAUUUAUUAUGAAAAAUAUGACUUUGAAGUUGAAAAAGUGCCAAAAAUGACAGAUCAAUCGAUAAGCGCUAUAGUUCGCUCGGCGAAAUUGUUGAAAACCAAAGACUUGGGAAAACCUGUAGUGCGACCGAUUCACUACAAUUCCACGUGGCUACAUUAUUCGAUGAAUGCGAACACAAAAGAGAAUAAAAGAUGGACUCGUGGGGUGAAAAAUGGGGUGUUCCAUUUUAAGAAAAUGAAUAUGGCCGAGCCAAAAGAUGUGAGCCAGAUGGAAAUUCCAAAAGCUUUGGUCAGAGAUGGGAGUUUGAUCAGCGAAGAACAUCUGAAUGAGAUUGAUAGAGAUCUAGAGAAUCUGAUGGAGGAUCCAGAAUUUCGUCGAGUUGCUACAAGUCUGCCAAAUGAAGAAUUCUACAUGCCAAUCGUAUUUGAUUGUUAUAACAAAUCUUUUUAUCAUAGGAGAGAACUGGGGCUUCUGGAUACCACAAAAUUGUGUAUAAAUGCAUAUGAUUGUGUACUUCCACAAAGAGAGGAUAAGAAAUGUAUACAUUCCGAUGCGAUUUAUCAAUCCGGACCGCCCAUGUACCCAAUAACUUUUCAUUUUGCUAAAUUUUAUACAUUUUCUGAAAAUAUAGGAUGUUAUCAAUGA